GGAAACUGUAAAACAUCAAUGAAAGCGCUUACUUUAAAAAUGUAAACAAUAACUUUCUUCUUUUUAAAAAAAAUGGCUGAAGCAAAAUCCAAUGAACUUUCUACUGUGACUUUGAAAACGGGCUUUGAUUCUUCAGAUGAUGAAGGAGAAAUUAAUGCAUCACCUUUUAAUAUUUCUUGGUUAGAAUUAAAUUCUGGGGAAGGCGAUGACAGGCUUGGUAUAAGUGGGCUUCCAGGUUGCAGAUUUAAGGAUACAUGGAGAAGCUUAGAACAUGAUAUAAAGAGUCUGCAGAGCGAGGGUGUAGGCUGUGUGUUUAGCCUAUGUUCCAAGGGAGAACUUAACAAGUACCGCGUACCCAACCUGCUGACAGAGCUCACCGCCACAGGCAUUGACGUGCAUCACUACCCAUUCUUAGAUGGCACAGCUCCUAACAUUGCAACCAUGCUGAAAAUUGUGGAUGACAUUGUGCUGGCAGUCCGCAAUGGGAAAAGUCCUCUUGUUCAUUGCUUUGGAGGUCUUGGUAGAUCCUGCUUGGUGGCAGUGUGUACAUUGCUGAUUCUGGAUGAGAGUUUGAAGGCAGAAGAGGCCAUCUUUAAAGUCAGAGAACUGAGGGGUCCAGGGGCAAUUCAGUCUGUCAAGCAAUAUAAUUACGCCUGUGAGUACCGUUCCCUGAUGAAGACAUACAGGGAGGAAAACGAGUCCGAGGCAAGGUCCAUUUCACGGUGAUAGCCAGGUCCAUUUCAGGGUGACUGUCCCAGAAAUGUUUGUCAAUGCUGAAGUUACUAACCUCUUUGACUUAUAUUAAGGCUAUUACUAAACUUCCAUUGUCAGACUUGAGUGGUGUGUGCUGUUAACUAUUGUGACAGUGAUUAAAGCUGUGUGAACAUUUGGUUCAUAUACAUUUAAGAUAUUGAUCUGGUAUUGUAUUACUGAUAACUGAAUGUUACUGUUUGUUAAUUGAAACAAUCAAACUCCAUUGUACUGUUGUAAUACUUUUAUUUAUAUAUAUUUUAUAUGAUAAACUUGUAUUGAAGUUAUUUAUUCUUAUAUUUAUAACAGGCAUUUACUACAUGUGGUGUCCAGCAUCAUGUAGAGCUUUGCUAUGCUAUUACAUGAACUCUGCAAGGUUUGGUGAUCAUUCACUAAUUGAGUUCUGCAAUAUUGAUUGUUUUUUAUGGAGCAACAAUAUUAAACUCUCUAAAGAUAAUCUGUUACUUAGUCUCAGUUAAAUCAAACAAUUCAUGUUACCUUUCGAGAAACAAAAGUACUAUGUUGCUUUGUUAUAAUUAUGGUGCAAUCUUCUAAAUAACCUUGUAUUUGCAAAACUUUUAUAGCAGCUUAGGAUGGUUAGUAUAGAUUUAAUGUUGUCUUAUUUUGUAUUUUACUAUGAUACAUUAUAGCGUUAAAUUGUAUGAAUGUUAAUAGUUUUAAUAUGAUGGAGGGGAGAUAAUAUAAUUAAAAAAAUUCAUCUACCGACUCCUUAUUCAGUUUAUUGAUGCAUGAUCAUGCGCUUUGGGUCAGACCAUACAUGUUUGUGUUUUAACAAUUACGAAAUCAACCCAAUUAUUUUAUUAUAUCAUAUAUGUACGUAUAAAUGUUACUUUGCUUGGUUUGUGCUUUCUGUUUAAAUAAACGAAAAUGUCCACAAAAAGAAAAAAAGAAGAAAUUCUAAAGCAUUCAUUCGUAGC